AUGGAGAUGUAUGAACCUUCCACCGAGGAGGGCACCUCAGCCUGGACAGCCCCGGCCAGGAGAAGUGCCAAAGGUGAAGAAUGCAGGAAAGAUUCUCAGACGCUGAGAACAGAUUCCAGGGGAUCUAGGAGAGGUGGGAAGGAGGAGCUGCCUGCUGCCAAGCAAAACGGGGACCUCUAUGCAUCAGCUCUACUUCAGAGGCAGACACCCCAGAUAGGCCUGCUGCCCAAGAGGACCCCUGGAAAGAGACCAGAAGUGUGGCCCUGGGACAGCUGCAUGGUCAGGCGUGGAGGACAGCCAGCAUCUCGGCGCCUUGCAGCAGCCUGCUGGGGGUGGUACAGAGGGGAGGAGCCAGGGCUCUGCAGGAUUCCCAGCAGUGCUGCCCCCCCACACACACACAAUCAGUGCCCAUACCUGUGGCUCACCACCCUCCUGGCCUUGGGUACCACCUUCCUGUUACCUGGUGGCAAUAGGAGAAUUGGGGUUUUGUUUGGGGCUCCAUGGGAUUGUCUGCAGCGCGGUGGGCACCGGGGGGCUACCCCGCACAUCGCAGGGGACAGCGGCCAGAAGGAUGGGUCCCACUCCCCGCGCCCUUCUAGGACCCGGAGGGUUUCUGCUGGGUCCGCGACAGCCCUGCCGCCGCCUCUCCCGCCUGGUGCGAUGGCCGCGGCAGCGCUGCUGGGCCCAGCUGAGGUGCUGGUGACCUUUAAGGACAUGGCCGUGACCUUCACCCAGGAGGAGUGGGGACUGCUGGACCUGGCCCAGAGGACCCUGUACCGGGAGGUGAUGCUGGAGUCCUGCAGGCUCCUGGCCUGGCUAGGGCAUCUGGUUCCCAAGCCAGACUUGAUCCAUCUAUUGGAGCAUGGCCAGGAACUAUGCAUGGUGAAGAGACAGCUCUCCCAAAGCAUCUGUCCAGGUGAAAAAGAAAAACAGACCAGAGAACCAACCCAAUCUCAGUUGGUCUUGUCAAAGGGAGCCAUGUUCCAGGGAAGCUUAACUCAGGAAUCUUCAAGGAACUCCAGACUGGGGCAAGCCAGGGGUCAGGAAGGACUUUGGGAAAUGCAGAAAAGGCAAUUAAAGCCAGAGACAGAGUCCCACAAGGAUACUCGUCCUGGGAAAAUGAGCCAUGAGGACGAUGGUUUGGGAAGAGAUUACAUUCUGCCCUCAAGGGUAUUACAGGAGGGUCUUUCCAGGAUAUGUUUUCCACGCCUGGACUCAUACAGACCAGGUAAAGACUCCGUGAUCCAUGAAGGGAAGAAUGCCUAUGAAUGCAAGGAAUGCAGAAACGGUUUUAACAGGAAGUGGAAACUUGUUCGACAUCAGCGGAUUCACACUGGAACGAAGCCCUAUGAAUGCAAUGAGUGUGGGAAGGUCUUUAGCCACAGUUUAACCGUCAUUCGGCACUAUGUUAUUUAUACUGGAGAGAAGCCAUACAAGUGUACUGAGUGUGGGAAGACCUUCAAAAACAGGUCAUGUCUCAUGCAGCACCUUCCAAUUUACACCGGUGAGAAGCCCUAUGAGUGCAGUGAAUGCAAAAUGGCCUUCACCCAUCGCUCUAGUUUUAUUCGGCAUAAUAGGACACACACUGGAGAAAAACCCUUCGAAUGCAAAGAAUGUGAGAAAGCCUUUAGCAGUAGGGAAUACCUAAUUCAGCACUACAUCAUCCACACUGGAGAGAAGCCUUAUGAUUGUGGGGAGUGUGGGAAGGCCUUCAGAUGCAGUUCAGAACUCAUGCAGCACCAGUGGAUUCACACUGGAGAGAAGCCCUAUGAAUGCAUCCAGUGUGGGAAAGCCUUUCACUGGAGUGCAAACCUCAUUCAACACUGCAUCCAUACCAGGGAGACAUCUUACAAGUGCAUUGAGUGUGGGAAGGCCUUCAGGCACAGGUCACACCUCAUACAGCACCAUCAGGUUCACACUUGA